ACACAGUCCUUGCCAGGUGCUUGCGCACGGCAAAGCCUUGCGGCCAACCGCCCAAGCUCGGGCUGCCCAAGAGCUUCCCCAGGUUUCAAAGUCGGAGGAGGGAGCCCUCGGGGAGGGCCCCACAAAAUGGACGCCCUGGCUCCAGGCUGGAGUGCAGGGCCCCGGCUGCUCUCCCUCGGCAGGCACAGCCAGGCGGGCACUUUUCCCCCGGGGCCAGGACAAGCUCCGGUGUCCGGGCCUGCCCAUUUUAUCCGCCAGCCCGUGCGGGAGGAAAACCCCCGGCGGCGGCGGCCGGGCCCUCACCGUGAGGGAAGAGGAGGAGGAGGCCGGGCCGGGGCUGCGGCGGCGUCGCGUCUCCAUGGCAACGCCGGAAGCGGCCGCCAUUGGCCGGGCGACCGGAAGCGGAAGUGCCGGGCGGUGCGGGAGCGGAGGGAUGCUGGCGGCGGCGGGGCUGCCGCUGCUGCUGCUGCUGCUGGCGGCGGCGGGGCCGGGGCGGGCGGAGCGGGAUGAGCUGCGGGAGGAGCUGCUGCUGAGCCCGCUGCCCGACGGCGACGUGGCCGCCACCUUCCAGUUCCGUACGCGGUGGGACGCCGACCUGCAGCGGGGCGGAGUCUCUCACUACAGGCUCUUCCCGAAGGCGCUGGGGCGGCUGGUGGCGGCGCUGGGCGUGCGGGAGCUCCACCUCGCCCUCACCCAGGGCUUCUGGCGCACCCGGCUCUGGGGACAGCCGCCCCUGCAGGCACCCGCCGGCGCAGAGCUCUGGGUCUGGUUCCAGCCCACCGUCACCGAUGUUGACAAAGCCUGGAAAGAACUGAGUAACAUCCUCUCGGGAAUAUUCUGUGCUUCUCUCAACUUCAUUGACUCGACCAACACAGUCACACCGACAGCAUCCUUCAAACCCCUGGGCUUAGCCAACGGGACAGACCACCACCUCCUGCGGUACGCCGUCCUGCCCCGGGAGGUCGUCUGCACAGAGAACCUCACCCCGUGGAAGAAGCUGCUCCCAUGUGGCUCAAAGGCUGGGCUUGCUGUGCUGCUGAAGGCCGAGCGCUUGUUCCACAGCAGCUACCACUCGCAGGCAGUGCACAUCCGCCCCAUCUGCAGGGAUGCCUCCUGCCUGGCUGUGUCCUGGGAGCUCAGACAGACUCUCACUGUGGUCUUUGACACCUUUUCCAGCGGCCAAGGGAAGAAAGGUAAGCUCGGUGACAGUGUGCUGUGGACCUCGAGUGCCCACGGCACUCCACUCAGCCUGCCACUGGCUUUCCCUCCUGCAGACUGGUCCCUCUUCAAGAUGUUCUCUCGCACACUCACUGACGCGUGUCCUCUGGCAUCGGAGAGCAAGGUCUAUGUUGACAUCUCCCCUAAGAACAAGGAAAAGGAGUUACUGGAAGUGACCCCCCCUCCAGCAACUGUACACGAAGCUAUUGUCCAGGGAGACAAGAGAACCUAUGCUGUCUAUGACCUGCUGAGCCCCUCGCUCUUCAACACAUCUCGCAGCCUCAAUGUGCAGCUGAAGUGGAAGCGGCCCCAAGACAGCUCGGACCUGCCAACCCCCAUACUGCAUGCCCAGCGCUACGUGAGUGGGUACGGGCUGCAGACCGGGGAGAUCAGCACGCUCAUCUACAACACUCACCCCUACCGGGCCUUCCCCGUGAUCCUGCUGGAGACUGUGCCCUGGUAUCUGCGUCUCUACGUGCACACCCUGACUAUCAUCACGAAAGGGAAGGAGAACAAGCCAAGUUACAUCCACUACCAGCCAGCCCAGGACCGGAGACGGCCUCACCUCUUGGAAAUGCUGAUCCAGCUGCCAGCCAACUCUGUCACCAAGAUCACAAUCCAGUUUGAGAGGGCCUUACUGAAGUGGACAGAGUACACGCCUGACCCCAACCACGGCUUUUACGUCAGUUCAUCUGUGCUUAGUGCCCUGGUGCCCAGCGUCAUUGCGAUGAAGGAUGUGGAUGUGGAGCAGAGCCCUCUCUUCACCUCGCUGUUUCCUUCCUCUGAUGGCUCCAGCUAUUUUGUGCGCCUCUACACGGAGCCGCUGCUGGUGAACUUGCCGACGCCAGACUUCAGCAUGCCCUACAACGUCAUCUGCCUGACCUGCACCGUGGUGGCAGUGUGCUACGGCUCCUUCUACAACCUGCUCACCAGAACCUUUCACGUGGAAGAGCCGAGCCGGGGUGGGCUGGCCAAGCGGCUGGCCAACAUCAUCCGCAAAUUCAGGGGGGUGCCCCCCCUCUGAGAGAAACCAGGGCAGCUGGUGCUGGCUGGGGGGCUCCGUGGGGAGACCCAGGGAGCAGAGCACUGCUGCCUCUUGUCUUAACUGGAAACAGCCUGCUCCAUUUUGCUGCCUGGAUCUGUCUUCAGGAUCCAACAAGCUGAGAGAUCGCUUCCGUCGUUAAGAUGGGAAACGGCUCUUAGCCCAUCGACUACUGAACUGCACUGUUACGGGUUUGGGAGAGCUGUAAGACUUCUUUUGGGGAAAGGGGUAAUAUAUGUGCCAGGAAUGACGCUGGAAGUAAAGUUGAGUGGUUUUGUACGUC